AGAAGAUAGCUACUGCUAAGAGAGCUAGGAUUAAAACAGCGGCUAACUUCCUGUCGGACGAAUCUGUGAAGAAGAGGGUUUGCGGCUGACGGCGAAGGGCGAGCUGGAAAUGGCAGACAUACGACGGAAACUCGUGGUGGUGGGAGACGGCGCAAGUGGGAAAACGUGUCUGCUGAUCGUCUUCAGCAAAGACGAGUUUCCUGAGGUGUAUGUUCCGACUGUGUUUGAGACAUACGUGGCGGACAUCGAGGUGGACAAUAAGAAGGUCCAGCUAGCUUUGUGGGACACGGCCGGACAGGAAGACUACGACCGACUGCGCCCGCUCUCCUACCCGGACACCGACGUCAUCCUGAUGUGCUUCUCCGUGGACAGCCCGGACUCGUUGGAGAACAUCCCCGAGAAGUGGGUGCCCGAGGUCAAACACUUCUGCCCGAACGUGCCGAUCAUACUGGUGGCCAACAAGCGGGAUCUGCGCAACGACGAGAACGUGAAGAACGAGCUGUCUCGGCUGAAGCUGGAGCCCGUGAAGACUGAGGAGGGCCGCGCCAUGGCCGCGCGCAUCGGGGCGCACGACUAUGUGGAGUGCUCUGCGAAAACCAAAGAGGGGAUCUGGGAGGUGUUCGAGACGGCCACGCGGGCAGCGCUCCAGAAACCAUCCAAAGGUGGUUGUUUAAACUGUUGUGUGUUGGUGUGAUGCGCAGGACACGUUUCCUUCCGCUGGGGUCCCCCGCCUUCCCUGGACAUGUUGGGACUAAUUCCGCUGGGCACUCCCAUUGACGCCUUGGGCAGAAUUAUAACCAGUGAUCGCAAAAAGUUCAAAGCACACUUGACUGUCAUUGAUCUGGCAACCUGUGUGUACAUACGUGUGUGUGUGAUGCACUGGUAGCAACUUCCUCAGACUGCCUGAAGACACAAAAACACACAGGAAUGUUGUUGUUACUGCGGACAAGGCUUGGCUUUAGGCUGGUUUGUGCUUCAGUGUUUGAAAAGGUUUAUACUUUUUGUCAUAUGGAGCAAAAAUGCACUCUUAUCAAUAUCUUAUGUGUUACAGCAAGACUGUUUGUGAAAUAGCACACCAUUUCCUAGUAUUUCAACCCAACACUAUUAUACGUGUUUUGGUUGCAAUCUUUAAGGUCUUUCUUGACAGAUUCUGCUUACUUGCAGCUUAUUUAACUUGUCAAAAUUAAGAAAAUACUACUGGAGUAGAUUUAGUGUUUUUUACAUUUUUCUGCUGUCUUUGAGUCCGCGCCACACCCUCCGUUGGUAUUAAACAACAAUUCAACAACUCAGUCAGGAGUUUGUCAUAGUGUAUUUUUAUUGUAUGACAGUAACACUAUUUUUUUUUAAAGAUUGUCCAAAUUCCAAAUAUAAGUUUUUGUGACGCUGUAAUUGUACUUCGGCACGUCCAAACUGUGGGUUGGGGGCCAUUUGUGUCCAGCAUUCUAUCUCUCAGCAGGCUGCAGAUGUAGAUCAACACUUUUUAUGUUCUUUUUCAGCUUAAAGUAAUUAUUUUAAAAUAAAAAAAGUGCUAACAUUUGUGGCCUUAAAGAACUUGACAAUUCCUGCGCUUAUCUUGAAGAGUUUGGACGUCCCUGACCUAGACUGUAUUAAGUCCUCUCAAUGUCUUCCAUUACGACUGUGAAUGUACUUCUAAUUUAUUUGGCUAAAAACUUUAUAGGUACAGAAAAUAGUGAUUGAGUCAACAAUGGUUGUGAACAAAGAUCAGCUCAUCCAUGACUUCCUCGGUCAUUUGCAACUGUUUUCAUGUGAGGGUGCACAGAGGAGUGUUUUUCCAGUGAUGACUAUGAACGGUGAUGGCAGAUGCUGAGUUGCUACACUGGUGAUGCUGUGUAAAAGCCUUGGUGGAGGUUCUGCAUUUUUAGCACUGAUCUAACUCCUCCAUGUUCUGUUGCUGGGCUUUUUGCUGACUCACAGGACAGGAAUGCAUUGUGCUGGACUGGUCCAUUUUUCCCACACUGGCUCCGCUCCUCAUGUGCCUCUGAUUUCCAGUGCUGUCAGGCAGACGUAAUUGUGCCGUUUUUAGUCUAUUUUUCUAAAAGAACAGUGACGCUGAAUGUGACAAACCUCUCUUUUUGUGUUAGAAUUGUAUAUUUGAAUAAAUGUCAAUUUUUGAGAGGUAAAAUGAUGCAAGUGCAAGGGAACAAGUGCUGCUGUUAACACAAAUAAAAAUCUUUUUAAUUCUU